AUGUCUUCUAAUUUAUAUAAAAAACAAUGUUUAAAUUUAAUUAAAAUUGCUAAAGAAGCUGAAUCAAGUAGUGAUGAGGAAUAUAAUCAAAUGGAUUUAGAUUUAGAAGAUCAAACUGAAAUUGUUCAUAAUAAAAUUCCUAAAUCAAAAGACUGGGCUCAAAAUUGUUUAUUUAAUUAUAAUGAUAAAGAAUUUAGAAAAACACUUAGAAUGGAUAAAAAAAUAUUUUGGGCCCUAGUAGAAAAAAUUAAAUAUCAUCCAAUUUUUUAUUCUAAUUCAAAUCACCUUCAAACUAGUGUUGAAUUACAACUUGCUGUUACAUUAAAUCGACUAGGUACAAAAUCUACUCUUUGGACAAUUGCAACAUUAUUUGGAUUUUGUGAAACAACAAUAUUAAAUUUUUUAGAUAGAAUUAUUAUAGCUAUUCAAUCUUUAAAAUCAGAAUAUAUAGUUUGGCCUUCUGGAAAUUAUAAAGAAGAAGUUAAUGCUAAAUUUGAACAAAUUCAAGGAUUUCCAAUGGUUAUUGGGGCAAUUGAUGGAUCACAUAUUCCUUUAUUUGAAGCACCUAGUAAAGAAAAUAAGGAUGUUUAUAUGUCACGUAAACAAAAAUAUGGUAUUCAUUUACAAGGAAUUGUGGAUUAUCAAGGUCUUUUUAUUUCAUAUGAAAUUGGAUGGCCUGCAUCAGUUCAUGAUGCAAAAGUUUUUUCAAAUUCAGAAAUUUUUAAAAAUUAUAAAAAUUAUUUUAAAGAAGAAAAUUAUUUGCUAGCUGAUUCAGCAUAUCCUUUACUUCCAUGGAUUAUGACACCAUUUAAAGAUCCACAAGGCUUACAAGCUCAACAACAAAAAAUUUAUAAUACAGCACAUAGUAAAACAAGAGUAGUUAUAGAACAAGCUUUUGGUCGAUUAAAAGCUCGAUUUCCUUUUUUAAAAGAAAUGAGA